CUCUUACUCCGCCCACGUACGAGAUCUGUUCCCGGUGUCUCUUCGUCCACCUGAUCCUUGUGGGAACUUUGAUUAUGCGAAAAUCUGGUCGCAAUGCGGCCAGCCUCCUCGUCUGAUGAACAUGAUAUGUGAAGGAUCGCCCUUCAUAGGCAACUCCAACAAAUUCAUUUAAAUAACUCACUAUUGUGCAUAGAAAUUUUCUAUGAUCUUGAAAGCCGAGUUAUAUCUGGUCGGCCUCGCCCUCUGUCAGAUGAAGAUUCGACGUCAGCAGAUGCAUGUGUCGGGUGCUAAAGACACGUACUCGACACACAGUCCAUGAAUCUCCUUCCACUACGGUAUCACCACCUCCAAAUUUGUGGCAGUGGACCAAGCACCUCGCUUCCCUCACUUCAUUCACGACUCUAUUGCGCUUUUUUGGUUCUACAAAUUUGAACAACUCUGUGCUUUCUCAUUCAAACACUUCACCAUGUGCGUUGCCCUUCGCCUGAAAGAUUUCACUAAUGCCAGCGACAAGGAUGGGGAAAGAUAUGUGUCUGCCGCACGAUCUCCGCCACUUCUGAAGCGAAACCACGCUGCUAUUCGAUAUUGCAUGCUUCCAUCGAGCAAGAUGGCACCACGCCGAAACGACUCGCUAUCAUUUACACGCACAAAUACAGUUCAUACAAUUGCCACGACCAUUCAAUUCUGAAGCGCUCGAGCAUAAAAGCAGCAUUUUGUCGCACACUGACUCUCAUUCCUCUGGACUCAUUGCACCUCCCUCUAUAGCUACUCAUUACAGCCAUGUUCUCUUUCGUC